GAGCAGCUUGCAGGGAAAAGCCUACUUCGAGAUGGAAAGCACUGACCAAAUGAAUCUUUGUGCUAUCUGUCUCGGCGGCAUGGGCGUAGGAGGCGGGCAGGCCAUCUUCAUGGCCGAGUGCUCCCACAUGUUCCACUUCCACUGCAUCUCCGCCAGAGUCGCGCACGGCCACCAGCUCUGCCCGGUCUGCAACACGCAUGGCGCGUACUUCCAUUCGGGCGACCGGCGGACCCAAUGCCACCUCUGCCUAUCCAGCCCGUCCAUCCGGACAUAUUCGACGACGAUGAGCAUGUGGGGUUGGAAGGAACACACCAGGUUUCGCAUGAAGUUGAUGCGGCAGCCGAGGAGCGGCUAGAGCUGGACAAAGCAGGAGAAGAAGCAGAAAGCUCCGAAUCGAUAGUGUGUCAACAAGUGGGGGGGUCUGAUCUAAAUCCAACUUAUAAUUCAUUUCGAUUUAGAGAGUGAAAAAGUUACACUACAAAAAAUAAAAUAAACUAUAAGUGGGAUCUCACUUGACACCUUACGAACCCCUUAAUUACGAACUGAAGGUCCCAGGGGAUUAGAGGAGGUAAACAGUACCUUUGUAUAGUAACAACACAGAUAUAAUUCGUGCGCAUGCAUGCAGUUUGUUUUAAAAAAAAUCUACUCCCUCAUAUUCAUAUUAAUUGACAGUAAUAUAAAUGUAUCUAGAACUAAAAUAUAUAUAAAUACAUCUAUAUUAGCAAUAAUUAAUAUGGAUAGGAUGGAGUAUUUGAUUUUUGGAACUUGU